UGAUGUGGAGUCGACCUCUUCAUGCAUGGAUCCUCACCGCACAGACUCCGAUCACCGAGCAACCCAGCUCCGCCCCAGCAAGAUACUUCGAAUGUUUGCCACCCCUUACUCCUCAUAAACUUGUGAGGUCGAUCCGAUAAGCUCCCCCCCGCGGGAGAUACUUUUCUCUGUGCCGCCCGUGUGUGUGUAGACGUGACGGAGCUUGGAUGGCGUCCCAACGAUCCCAGGGGACGUCGAGUCCAUCCGCAUCGUCGGUCUUUCUUCCUCUGGGUCGCCGAGGCUCUCGAGCAUCUAUCUCGACGCAGGCUGAACGCGAAAGCCUAAAUGCGACCCUCGAUCAAAUUCAUAGCGCCGCCUACCAGUCCGAUUCCCUCACCGUCUUCAACGACUUCACUAGUCCACCAGCUCCGACUUCGGUCGUCGACGAGAAGACCUUGUCAGGCGAGCUGCAAGGAGGUUUGAGUGGACUGUAUACUAGGUUCCGAACAUCAGUGGGUGGGAUUGUUGGUGGCGUGGGCAAAACAUCGAACAACACCUCGGCCGAAGACUCUGGCCUCAAAAGCCCGCUUCCGUCAGAACGUUCGUUCCCCAGAUCGGCCCCGGACUCGGUCGCGGAGUCGCAGCAGUACCAUCUGGGUUCAACUCAAGGGUCAAGGUUACACUCGCCGGUGCCUGGAAACCUCUCCGCCCAAAAUGGCCCGCCCCCGUCGGGACUGGCGAAGAGCUCCAAGGUUUCUUCCAAGACAACGAGUAUAUCCUCAAAAGCUUCCAUCUUGCCACAACCGGCCUUGAAAUCUCCCGUUCCGCCCUUGCCAAAGACCACAGGCAGUGCAUUGGCUGUCGACCCUACAGUCACGGAAAUUCAUGUCAACGCUGUCAAAGAACCACCUCCUCAUUCAAGUAAUGCAUCAGCCAACUUCUCUACCAACAGUUUGCAGACAGUUGACUCCGCUGGUACAGACAAGGAAGAAGGUCCUCACACUGCAUCUCUAAGCUCGUCAGGCUGGAGCCAACGUCUCCCGAACUCCCCGCUUAUGCAGAUCAAGUCGCAUUCUAGUGCCUACGAUGGCCCGGAAAUUAGCAGAUCUUCCACAACGGGCAGUCAACCCCCCGAUUAUUUCAGAAGGUCGGAGGGACAUAUAGAAGCCAAUUUACCUGGCCCAUUGCGUAAGGCUAAGAGGUCGGUUGACCUUGGUCCAGAUGGGAUAUCGUUGCCCCAUGAACGAUUGAGGUCAAACUCAGCCGCUUCUUUUAAGCCCGAAAGAUCAACUGUUGCCUCUGGAUCGAGGACAAACAGCGUCAGCCAAGUCUCCAACCACGGCGAAGGAUCUCUAGCCGAAGGGAAAUUGCCACCGGGCAUUAACGUCUCAGUGCCUCUGACUGAUGGUAGCUCCCAGUCAAAAGAACCAGCGAAGGCUACUGUCAAACAGAAACCCGGCGACAGGCUCUCUAUAUCGAGCGCCAGUCGCUUACCCGGCUAUGUGGCAUCUCAGGCUACAACAGGAGAAUCUACCUCUGGGACGCCCAUACUACCGCCGUUGAAUACGGCCGUUGAAAGAGUUUCUAGCCAAGAUGGGCGAAGCCGGCGAUCUCACGGUGGAGGCGACGGCGUCAUGUCUCAGCUGAGGAGCAAGCUACUCAGCAAAGAGUUUUGGAUGCGAGAUGAGAAUGCAAAGGAUUGUUUCCAUUGUGGAGAAACAUUUUCCACUUUCCGACGCAAACAUCAUUGUCGGACCUGUGGCCAGAUCUUUGAUUCGAAAUGUACACUUCUCAUUCCGGGUGACAGGUUCGGUCAACCCGGUACCAUUCGUGUCUGCAAACCCUGUGAGGCUAUGAUCAAUGGUCAUGACGAUGAUUCCUCGGAGUUUUCAGAUAGUGAACAAAGCCCUAUUGUGAUAAAUCCUCGGGUUUCUGAGCUUGGUGCAAGUAUAUACUCACGCAUUCCGCCGGAUGAUGACGACACGUCCUCUAUAGUCUCUCAACCCAUCGAACAUGUCAUGAAGACUCCCACUAUGGCCAUUCCAGCAACGAGACGUGCAGGCGAAGGGCACAACCGCCGCUCUGCCGUUCUCGAGAUUAGUCCUGACAGGCCACUGACUAGGCCUACCUCCUCGAGAUCCUUGAAGUCUACCUUGAGCGGAAGACCUCAUUCUAUGGGCCACAAGCGCCAUCACUCGCGUCAGCAAUAUAUUCGCAACUUUAAACCGUUUCAUGAUGAUAGAGCCCCAUUCCAACGACGCCAUGCAGAUGACUCUACCCGCGAACAGCGUCUUCCCGCGUUCCAUAAAGAUAACAUCAUUGAUCCAGACUUGGCGCAGUAUCUUUCUGAUGACGCCUCCAGCGCUGAUGAACAGCCCAACUUAUUGUCUGCAGUCUCCGAAGGAUCCUUGUCUAAAAGCGGCGGUGAAAGCGAGAGAACCACCUUUGGCGGGCUACUCGCCGCGAUGAAAAAGGGCCGGUCUGCUUUCGGAGACCGAAGCACCACGAAUUUGAAUUUUUCUUACCGUGACGGUGAUGAAGGAAGUCUCAGUAGCUCGAGAGCCGUAAAUUUGCCCCGGGCUUCUCGGCGUCGCAAUUUGAGCGUUGCGAGUAGUGUCCAUCAGCGUCAUUCCCCGAGAGCAUCCAAAGACAGUGUCUUCAACCCACAUGAACCGACAAAUGUUGCUCAUGUCUUUUCCAUAGGGAUUGCUCCAAGUGGGUUCAAAAUGACGAGAAGCUCCUCCAUGAGGGGAGCAGGUGCGCCGCCGGUUGAAUUGAACAAGGCUAGUCUGCACCACGUUCGAAGACUCCUACAACAACUCCUGAAAGAUGCUUCGGUGCCGAAUGCGUCAAAGUGGGAAACUGCACUCCUACCGAUCCUCUUGAAGGCAGCUGAUGAGGUUGUUCCCGAUGUGCAGGGUGGCGAUGAUAUGGACAUUCGUCACUACAUCAAACUCAAGAAGAUCUCAGGUGGUAGGCCCGGGGACACCUCAUAUGUCUCGGGUCUCGUCUUCACCAAGAACCUCGCACUCAAGAGCAUGCCUCGAAGCAUCCCGCAACCUAAAAUCUUGAUUAUCGCGUUUCCACUUGAGUACGCACGGCAUCAACAGCACUUUAUGAGCUUAGAGCCCGUGAUUCGUCAAGAACGGGAGUUCCUCGAGAAUCUUGUUAGUCGCAUUGCUGCUCUCCGACCAAACUUACUCCUUGUUGAGAAGAAUGUGUCUGGCCUGGCUCUCGAACUGCUGGACAAAGCCAAUAUCGCCACCGCGUACAAUGUGAAAUCGUCGGUCCUCGAAGCUGUUUCUCGCUGUACUCAAACGCGAAUCAUAACUUCGAUGGAUAAGCUUGUGACCACACCUGUGACGAGUGACUGUGGCAGCUUCGACGUCAAGACUUAUGUCUACAAUGGCCGGAAGAAGACAUACAUGUACCUGUCAGGCUGCCGCAAAGAACUUGGCUGUACGAUUGUCCUGCGGGGAGGAGACGGAAAUGUCCUUGCCAAGGUCAAACGGAUCACUGAAUUCAUGGCAUAUGUUGUUUACAACCUCAAGCUAGAAACAUGUCUGAUGCGAGACGAAUUCGCGCAGAUGCCGUCGUUGCCAGAGACCGAGCCCGACAAGAAAAGCGAACUUGACCGAGACUCUGGCGAGAAGAAAUCCAGCAAUUCGUCGCAAGAAGCAUUGGUGGCUCCUAGCGAGGCCAGCGAAGUACCAGAUGAUGUUCCCAUGCCGACGUACUACGAAGAGAUCAUCCACGACCACGAAACAAAGAUCUUGUCUGCCUCGCCAUUUGUCAAAUUUGAGCCUCCUUAUUUGCUCGCGAGGGCUCGGGAGAUGGAGCGCAGACUGGCCUACCUGAAGCGUCUCCGCGACCAAGAUCCCGACUCCGGACUGUCCGCAGAUGAAAAGGCCAAGGCGCAAAAGUUUAUCCUCAUUACUCCCGAAAUGGUUCAUGAGGCACCGCAAGGAGCUCCGCUAAAGGUCAAGGAGGUUUUGCGCGCAGCCCAUGAUGCUGAAUAUGACCGAGCGCUUCAUCAUUAUCAAACACAGAAAAGACAGUGGGAGGCUUAUGUUGCUGGCAGCGUCGGUCUUUUCGAUCCUUAUGCGCACCAGAACAUCGUCGUUCUGUUCAGCCUUGUCUGCACAACGACAUCGAUUCCGUGUUCUGGUCCAGAUCUUCUCGCCUUGGAAUACUACAACGAACAUGGCGGUGACGCAAUUUUCGAACCGGAUUGUACGCUGGGCCAGUAUGUAGAGGAUAUCUGUCUACAUGCCAACGCAGUUUGUACUGCGAACGGCUGCGAGAAGAGGAUGUUCGAGCACCACCGUCAGUACGUUCACGGCGAGGCCCAGAUAAGCAUAUUUACCCAGCCAUAUCCCUCGAAGCUCCGCGGCCUUCAGGACACCAUUUUGAUGUGGAGCUGCUGCAAGAUCUGCGGCAAUGAAACCCAGGUCUUUCCCAUGUCCGAAAGCACCUGGAAGUAUUCCUUCGGGAAAUAUCUAGAGCUUUCAUUCUGGAACAAGAAUUUGCAUGCCCGAGCGGGCGUUUGCCCUCAUGACUUGCAGCGGGAUCAUCUCCGUUUCUUCGGUUUCAAGGAUGUUGCCAUCCGCAUUCACUACGAUACCAUUAAUUUGCUUGAGAUCAUUGUUCCUCGGACUCGGGUUACCUGGAAAGUGGACAACGACCUCAAACUCAGGAACGAGAUCUAUCAAAGAAUGGAGCAACGCAUCAGUAGAUUUAUGACCUCGGUAAAGGCCAGGUUGAAGGGCAUCAACGUUGAAAGCGUGAUUCCAAAAUUGGCGGAAGACUGCAAGAAGGAGAUUGAGAACCUGAACCGAAAGGCAAAUGAGGAUAGCGCCAUGAUUGUCAAACAGCUUCAAGAGAAGUACACCAAUUCCCAGUACUGGGAGGUCAUACCUCUGAAUGAAGUCCUUCGAGCGGUCCAGGAAAAGGUUGUUGAAUGGGACACUGCUUUCGCCGAAUUUGAGAAGAAUUUCUUCCCUUCAGAGAAAGAUAUCCGACGUCUAGCAACUUUGCAACUCAAGAAAAUUUUCUUGGAUAGGGAUGCUACUUCCAUCUCCUCCAACGAAGAGCCUCCAACAACCCCAACCGAAACCGAAUGCGGACAGAGUCCCGAAUCAGAAAAGAUCCGUCAAGCACGUCGCAUGACCCUUUCCCCCGAGAAGGCUCAGGACGUUCUCGUUUCGGUUGUCGAGGAGCACUCGAACAGAAAGGAUGUUGCUCACAGCCAGGGAAGUGACUUAAGCAGAGAGGACAUUGACUCCUCGGCUAUCUCAACUAGCCCCGUAAGCACACGUUUCUCUCCUCCACAAGCCGAGCUCGCGGCAGAAAAGGAGGUCCAACAUCUCGAUCUCGCAACGCCAUUGGCUCAGCCUGAACCGUCUGCUUUGAUGCCUUCUGUGGCAAGCUCUUUGGAGACGGUGGAAACCCAUCCUCCUAUGGUCAUCCCCACAGCGCCAGAUGCGAAACCGACGGAGACUCCACCUCCCGAUGAAUCAAACACUCACACAAGGAAGAAGAGCGAAGACGUAUCCAAAGUCACUCCUCCGAGCCGUUUGCCGUCGGCAAUUCCACGACCGGCCGAAGGUCUCCUUCGGCGUAGUGGGAAGUCAGCAUCUCCGCCUUUGUUCCGCUCUCAAACACAACCAGUUCAGCCGCAAAAAGAGCUAGCGUACGACGGUGUUCCUAUCAGGGGCAUGAAGCUUGGGCUGGGAAAGUUGAGCCCGCUGGAUGGUACGCCCAGUCCUCCCUUAGAUUCCAAGUUCAAGCCCGGAGACAAGAAAUUGUUUGGCUUCAACGCCAUGCGGAACGGGAGGAUGACACCUGGGCCAUCUUUCAUUCCACGCUCAAUUCCCAAUCGGAGAAACUCGCGGGUCUCAAACCUGGCGAGGCAUUUUGAGCAACUGAGCCGAGAGUUCGAAAAGGAACGUCAACGUGAAAGAGCCCAGCGUGCCGCUAAAGGAGCGCAUUCCCGGGCUUUCCCUCUGGCCUCCUCCAAGCCCAUCGUGGAAGUCUAUAAGAACGUCAGGGAAGCAGUAGAGGAGCGGGAGCCAUCUGGCGAAGGCGACGAGCUCUUGUCGCGCAUUCCUCUGGACCAGUCAAGCAGAAACAGUGAAGACAUACUCGGGAAGGAAUUGGAAGAUGGCAGGAAAGACUCCAUUUCUCAGGAGCUUCCUGAUACCAAGCCAGGCAUCGAGGACGGUACUCAUGAGGAGCACAACUUGUCAGACGCUGAAGCAGAUGCGCACAGUGAUGAAGAUAGAGGAGCAUCAACCGACGAUUUGCAGCGGACCGAUUCGAAUGACGAGAUCAAGGGGUCUCCUGAAGAUGAACAAAUGGACCUCAAGGAGUUCCCGAAACAUGAAAGAAGCACUCUUUUGAAAAUGCUGACGAACUUCUGGUCCGAGCGCUCUGCCAGUGGAUGGACUCCGCUCGACUACCCACUCACCAUGUCCGACCAUGUCUUCGCUGAUUGUGACAUCAUCGUUCGUGAGGAUGAACCAAGCUCACUGAUAGCGUUCGCGCUAGACUCGUCCGAUUACAAGGAGAAGCUCACGGCCAUUCAGCGACGCUUUGAGGAACCAGAGGAGAAGGGCGCAAGCCCAGAACAGGGCAUAGAGGCUUUUGAAGAAACCAGGGUGGAACACGCCCUGCUGCGGUCUACCGGCACGCAUCUCAAGUAUCAAUUUCAAGAAGGCCAGGCCAAGAUGCUUUGUAAAAUCUUUUACGCCGAACAGUUCGACGCGCUUCGGAGAAAGUGCGGUGUCGCGGAGCGGAUCGUGGAGUCCCUCUCCCGUUGUGCCAAGUGGGACUCGAAAGGAGGCAAGACGAAGUCUUUGUUCCUGAAGACCCUUGAUGACCGUUUCAUCCUCAAGUCAUUGUCGCCCAUUGAAACCCAGGCGUUCUUGAAGUUCGCCCCUGCAUACUUCCAGAUCAUGUCUGAGGCUUUAUUCCACGAAUUGCCCUCCGCAAUCGCCAAGAUGUUCGGGUUCUACCAGGUGAUUAUCAAGAAUCCUGCCACGGGGACGGAAUUCAACUGGUUCUUACUGUUGAUGGAGAACCUGUUCUACGACCGAGUCCCUACGCGGAUCUUCGACCUCAAGGGCUCGAUGAGGAACCGCAAGGUGCAAAGCACCGGAGAACGCAACGAGGUGCUUCUUGACGAGAACAUGGUCGACUUCAUCUAUGAAACGCCGUUGUUUGUCCGUGAGCAUUCGAAGAAGCUGCUUAGCCAAAGCGUUUGGAACGAUACCCUCUUUUUGGGUCGUCAAAAUGUGAUGGAUUAUUCUCUCAUGAUCGCCAUCGACGAGAAUCGGUCGGAACUGGUUGUCGGAGUCAUCGACUGCAUUCGCACCUACACGUGGGACAAGAAGCUGGAAUCCUGGAUCAAGGAUCGUGGCUUUGCCGGUGGUGGCAAAAACCGACCUACUGUCACCAGUCCCAAGGAGUAUAAGAGUCGCUUCAGGGAGGCGAUGGCCCGCUAUGUACUUCAAGCACCGAGUUGCUGGCACCAAUUCCAACAACCCCAGGCCUUCAGAUACGCUCCGGUCGAGCACUACCCGAGCCAGGCCAGUCACUCAGUUAUCGACGGUGAGACCGCUGACGAAACGCCACACUGA